CCAAUGUCGGCCCUAGACUCGUUGGGGUUUCUGGUGGGCUUAGCAGGUUGGAUCCUGAUCGGGGUCUGCCUGGGGGUCGAUCAAUGGAAGGUCUCCAGUCUGGAUGGCAGUGUUAUCACCACCUCCACCAUCUACGCGAACCUAUGGAAGAGCUGCGCCAGUGACUCCACCGGAGUGUACAACUGCAGGGACUUCCUCAGUCUGUUCGGCCUCUCAGAUUAUGUCCGUGCCUCCCAGGCCCUGAUGAUUAUAUCCAUCCUGCUGGGAUUUUUCGCUGGGAUUGCCAGUUUGUUUGGACUGAAAUGCACCCUAUUGGGUAACACUGAUCCCAUUGUGAAAGCAAAGAUUGCAACAGUUGGAGGAGCUCUGUUUAUUGUGGCAGCCCUGUGUGCAAUGGUUCCAGUGUCCUGGUAUGCCUACAAUGUCACAGUGCAGUUCUAUGACCCAAUCUACCCAGGAACCAAGUAUGAACUUGGAGCAGGUCUCUACAUUGGCUGGGCUGGGGGAUCGCUGGAGCUGAUCGGUGGGAUCUUCUUGUGCCUCUCUUGUAAAUCAUCCACAGGAGUCACAGGUAACUACUCGUACACGUACAGAGCUGCCAGAUCAACCCCAGCAGCAAUGUCCAAGAAACUGAACUCAGAGAUGGACAAUACGAGCAACUAUGGGAAGAACGCUUAUGUCUGA